GGUUCCAUGAAGACGCCUGAUCAUCACCAAUAUUAGGCUACCAGACAUUUUAUCCAAGGCGUUUAACAGUCAGUGGUAGGCUAUUGGCCAGUGCAUUGCUUCUUUCCAUUGGUGAUGGAAAACACCCGUUGAUUUGCCAACCGUUUCGCCGACUACAAAGGUGCGUUUCUCGUAGGUCAAGGCGUCGAAUCGGUGGUACUCACGGUUAAUGCCUUUAUAGAGAAGAUUCUAAACAAGGUGCCACCCGGAUCCACCGGCUGCGAUGGUGGGCUAUACGACGGUCCCGCUGGGGUGGCAUACAUGCUGUACCAUGUCUCCGAAUGUGCUUUUUUUUCCGACCAUAGGGAUACUUAUCUCAAAACCUCAAAGCAGAUCAUUGACGUGUCUGUGGGGUACGUGGAUGGGGAGAAGGACACAAACAUGCAGGCCUCAUUUCUCCUCGGUGGGGCGACAUCUAUACCGUCGCCGCGAUGGUGUACAAAGCCCUGGGCAUGGCGGACUUCGUUGAGCCGCUUACCAAAUUUCGGAACCUGCGGAAGAUAUGCUCACCCAUCAAUUUCUUGGAGUGCCGCUCUGACGAGCUGUUCGUGGGGCGGGCGGGGUACCUGUGCGCUGACCUGGUGGUGAAACAGAAACUGGGGAUAGAGGUUUGCAGAGUUCCUGUUUACGGAAGAGUUCAAGAUGGGUCCCUGCUCAGUCACCAGUGUUUAUAGUCUGUUUGAGGGCCUGUCUGGAACCGUUUGCUUCUUGGGUUGACCUCCUUUUCCCGACCAAUCAGAGUUCCCACUCUUCAGUGUGUUUGUGUGAUUAAGGCUACGGUUGAACAAUGCAUCCUUCCUUCCUCCUUACAUUACAAGAAUAGCUCACCACAGAAUUAAAACUUGAACUGGUUAUGUGAUCAUUGAUUGUUAUUUUAUUAAUGUGAAGUGUUUAUGUGAUUCUUAGAUGAAACGUGUUGUUAAUAUCUGAGGGUGAGCGUGUCGCUAUCAAUGUGAGACAUUUCUCCCAGAACAACUAUGCUCUGCUGACAUUGACAUUCUGCUUUAUUUCCUGUCUGGUAAAAAUAUGAAAGGCUCCCUUUAGAAUCAAAUCAAAUUAUAUUGGUCACAUACACAUGGUUAGCAGAUG